CGCUCUCCUCCUCACAGCGAACACCUUCACUCUCCUGAAGAGACUCACAGAAGCAGCCAACCUUCGCUCAAAGCUACGAAGAAGAAACAGAGACAUGGCCUCUCGCAUUGCAGCUCUCCUCCUGCUGGGUGUCAUCUGCAUUGGGUUCGCAAGAGCUCAAGUUGUAGUGGACUGCUGUCUGUCAGUCGCUGAGAAGCCCCUGCCGCUCCAAAUCAUUGUAAGCUACAACAUUCAGGAAGCUGGAAGAGGCUGCGAUAUCAGCGCUACUGCGUUCAUUACAAAGGUUGGAAGACAGCUGUGCGUCUCCCACCCCAAAGACAAGCCAUGGGUGAGAAAUCACAUCAAGUAUCUGGAUGAGAAAAAGCAGAGAGCUCAAUAAAUCAGGUGUAGAGAGGAGUGGUGGACUCUGGGUAAAGAUGGCUGAAGAUCAAGAAGGACUGACUCUAAACUGAGAGCUCAAGACGUCAGAGUCGUUUCCAUUUCCGUUCAGAACAUCAGAACGGCCCCAUUGUACUGUAACACAGUUUGAGACAAUCAAACCUGUAAUAUCAGUGUUUCAUCUUCUCUCUGAUGAUGAGACAGCAGCUAAAUGUACAGUUUUGUAUGUGUUUUUCUCGUUUGUGGUGACUUUGUGGUAAAAAUUGUGUGAAUAGCUCUUUUCUUCUUCCCUUUUUAUCACCCUGUGAGUGAAAUAGAGAGAUUUGCCUUGACUUGCCCACAGAGUGAAGCCUGGAGCUACCAGUGACAGUGACACUCUGUUGUUUGUUUGAAUCGUAAAACUGAGGAAAAUGUUGUAAAAAUGAUGUUUGACAAGCUGUUUAUCUUUGAUGAUCGUGCUAUGACGUUUCAGUGAAUUCACAAUGUGCAGAUAACUUGUACAAAAUGUUGAUUUGUGUGUGUCCAGACCAUUGUCAGGGGUUCUCUUUAAAAUAAAGUUUGAUCUUGUUUUGUAA